AUGUAUCGCUUCUCUAACAUCUACGUCUUGGCCGCCUUCGGCACGAUUGGAGGUGCGCUCUUCGGCUUCGAUGUCUCCUCCAUGAGUGCCUGGCUGGGCACCGAGCAGUACAACAACUACUUCAACUCACCUGGAUCGGAUCUUCAGGGCGGGAUCACGGCUUCUAUGAGCGGUGGCAGUUUAAUCGGUGCAAUCGCAGCUGGAUUCCUGGCAGACAAGCUCGGGCGCAAGAUGGCUCUCCAGAUCGCCUGUUGCAUCUUCGUCGUCGGCUGCGCCAUUGUCUGCUCCUCGCGGAACGUCGGUCAGCUCAUUGCUGGCAGAAUUGUCAACGGUCUCGCCAUCGGUAUCUGCUCCAGUCAAGUCUGCGUCUACCUCGCCGAAUUGGCACCCAGCAAGAUCCGAGGAAGAAUCGUUGGUAUUCAGCAAUGGUCCAUCGAGUGGGGUAUCUUGAUAAUGUACCUGAUCUGCUACGGAUGCGCGCAGACUAUCGACGGUCCAGCUGCCUUCCGCGUAGCUUGGGGUGUUCAGGGCUUCCCAGCCAUCAUCCUCUUCUUCGCAUUGUUCUUCUUUCCAGAGAGCCCACGUUGGCUUGCGGGCAGGGAAAGGUGGGAAGAGGUGCUCGAUAUUCUGGCUGAGCUUCACGGAAACGGCAACAAGAAUGAUCCAGUUGUGCUUGCUGAAUUCGAGGAAGUACGUGAGGCGCAACGCAUUGCUGCGGAGGCACAGGGUGUUGGCUUCUUCGAGCUGUUCGGACCACGAGUCUGGAAGCGAACUCUGGCUGGUACCUCUGUACAGAUGUGGCAGCAGCUCCUGGGAGGCAAUGUGGCUAUGUACUACGUCGUCUACGUCUUCCAGAUGGCAGGCUUGGACGGCAACGUCAACCUCUACUCGUCCGCCAUCCAGUAUGUGAUCUUCCUGGUUACCACAGGAAUCAUGCUUCCAUUCAUCGACCGCAUCGGACGUCGCCAGCUUCUCAUCGGUGGCGCAAUCAUCUGCAUGUGUCUCCACUACAGCACCGCAGGUGUCAUGGCAACAUAUGGCAGACCAGUAUCGAACGUAUUCGGCAACGAGAACCUGAAGCUCGAAAUCACUGGCGCUCCAGGCAAAGCAGUCAUCGCACUAUCAUACAUCUUCACCGGCAUCUAUGGUCUCACCUGGGCACCUACUGGCUGGAUCUACUGCAGUGAAGUCUUCCCCCUCAAGUACCGAGCGAAGGGUGUCGGUCUCUCGGCCGCCACGAACUGGAUAUUCAACUUCGCCCUCGCUUACUUCCUUCCACCGGCUUUCAAGAACAUUACUUGGAAGACAUACAUUGUGUUUGGUGUGUUCUGCACUGUGAUGAUCUUUCACAUCUUCUUUACGUAUCCAGAGACAGCGCAGAAGACACUUGAAGAGAUCGAUGUGGUCUUCGACAGCAAGAUUCCUCCAUGGAGAACAAGCAAGGUUGAGGCUCAUGCUCUUGAGGCGAGAGCACAGAAGAUUGAUGAGGAGGGUGCUGGUAGCGAUGGCUUUGAGAAUGAGAAGGAAGAUGUUGACAGGAAAGAGGUAGCAUGA